AUGGCGAGCGCUCACGCCGGCUUUGCCCUCACGAUCGCUGCUUCCAGAAGCUUCAGCUUCACUAUCGUGGCAUGCCCCUCCCCCUCGCCCACGCAUCGUCCAGCCGCCGCCUCCGUUGGGGUCCGCAACCAGCAGCGCGCGUCCACUGCCACGGCCUGCCUCCAGCAGCGGAGUGCCUCCCAUGACGCCGCCACCAGGCUGUACGUCAGCGGUCUUUCGUUCCGCACCACCGAACAGAGCCUCCGGGACGCGUUCGAGAAGUUUGGUGACCUUACGGAAGUUUGUCUCGUGAUGGAUAGAGUAGCAAAGCGACCGAGAGGUUUCGCUUUCCUUUCUUACACCGAGGAGGAGGAAGCCAGGGGCGCCAUGGAAGGAAUGCACGGGAAGAUUUCUGUAGCACGGCCGUACUGCAUCACCAGUGUUACGAUUUUUAAGGUUUUGGCAAAGUCCCUGAUGAGACACACUGAUGCAGGCAAAGCUCGCGUGAAGUUCAUAUGUCAAUAG